CGCCGCGGCGAGGGCCGCGCCGAGCUCCCGGCGAGGCCGGCCGCCCCGUUUGCCGCGCAGGGAGGCCAUGAGGAGACGCAGGGAGGAAACGCUGGGCCCCGGCGCCUACGACAUCAAGGACUUUCUGCAGGAGAAGCGGCCUUCGAGCCUCCGGGGCAUCUGUGACACCAGAGAGAGGCGGUUCGGAGACGUGCGUAGGGACUGCUACCCCGGGCCCGGCGCCUACGGCCCGCGGGGGGACCCGCACGCCCGCCGCGAGGAGCCGGCCGCGCGCCCCGCCGGCUCGCGGGGCCUCAUGGACAGCCGGACGCCCCAGCGCGUCCUGCCCGCGGCCCUGGGCAGCGGCUUGGGGCCGGCCACCUACAACCUGCCGAACAGCAUCGACGAGCUGCUGAAGCGGGUGGUGAGCGCCCGCGGCCCCUACGAGCUCUUCUCGGGCGACAGGUCGAAGCCGGCCCGGUGCGGCCACCGCGUGCAGGAGCUGAGUGGUGCUGAGCUGAGCGCUGGUGGUGUCAAGAGCUUCCUGGAGGAGCUGACGUCAAGGGACAACAAGAAGAAAGGGCGCUUCAGCACCGUGCCGAGGGAGCCGGGCCGCCCCGCCGAGAGGAUCUUCUGGGCCACGCUCAGCCAGUGCCCCCGGGACACGUUUGCUGCAGGGCCGGGCUCAUACGAUCCAGAGCCUGUUGAGAGGUCAGAAUACUUCAACCGACCCCCAUUUUGGUCAUCUGCCAAGAGAUUUGACAGAAAGUCCUGCUGCCUCUUUGCUGGGAAUGAGAAUCCUGUAGGUGUUGGUCGCUACAACGUCACCCAACAUGAGAAAUCUCCUCAGAAGACCAGGUACCAGUCCCUGUACCAGUGUGAAACGCGGCGGUACCUGAGUAACCUGGAGCGGGAUGCCUACUUGCUUGAGCGGCUCAAGCCUCCUGCUAAAAACAACUGGAAUGAUUUGAUUGCUGCUCUGCAUUGCCCAGAUACCUCUGAAGAAAUCACUGUUGCUUUCUGAACUUAAGAUGGAGCUAGAAAGCAGUGAAAACCAUGAAUAAGAAAAACUGCAAAUAAGCUGCAGCCACACUCACAAAACUCAUCUCGUUCUGUGCUAAUA